GGCCAUGCGUGUAUUGUUUAAACUGCUCAAAUGUGACUGAGUUCCCAGACGGAUGAAACUUCCACCAAACUGAGUGAUGGCGGCCGUCGUGUCUGUUAGCACAGCUGCCAGGGAUGACAACACAGACACAGAGCUCAGUUUCGCCUCUCGUCCGCUUCAUGAAAAUUACGACCUCGCUGCGGAUCACGAAAAGUGGAUGCCCGGAGACCGCCGACAUCCCGAGCUCGAACCCGGUCAAGAAGACUUAACAUCGGAACGCGAGUGUCAGCGGAGGGUCGACGAAAACUUGACAUCACUGAGCCCCGAAGAGAUAGAGAGCCGCUUAGAGAGAACUCGCCGGGAGUUUUACAACCGUAGAAAAAUUAUCAUAAAAAAUCUGCCUUCCGACGUUAGCAAUCAGGAGGUCCAUGAGCUGUUGGGCAACUAUGACUUGAAGUACUGCUUUGUUGACAAAUACAAGGGCACAGCAUUUGUGACACUGCUCAAUGGGGAACAGGCGCAGUGUGCCAUCAAAGAAUUCCACCAGCAUGUGCUACGGGACAGGGAGAUCUCUGUGCAGCUGCAGCCAACAGAUGCUCUGCUAUGCAUCGCCAACUUGCCCUGUGCCUUCACCCAGCAGCAGUUUGAGGAGUUGGUGCGACCCUUUGGUAACUUGGAGCGCUGCUUUCUGGUGUACAGCGCCUCCACAGGGCAUUCAAAGGGCUAUGGCUUUGUGGAAUACAUGAAGAAGGACUCGGCGGCAAGGGCCAAGUCAGAGCUAUUAGGAAAGCAGCUGGGCUCCCGCAUGCUGUAUGUCCACUGGACUGAGGUGGGCUCCCUUACAUACCCUCUGCUGCACUCUAAAUGCCUGUGUGUGGACCGCCUGCCUCUGAGCCUGCUGACAGCCCAAGACCUCCGCAACGCCCUGGCUGACACCCAUGUGCCAGCCUUCUGCCAGUUGGCUCAGGGACAAGAUGGAAGUUUUCGGCGGUUUGCGGUGUUGGAGUUUGCCACAGCUGAGAUGGCUGAGGAGGCACAGCGACUCACCGAUGGCAGGCUGCUGGGCGGGACACACAUCAGGGUGUCCUUCUGUGCCCCUGGCCCACCUGGAAGAAGCAUGUUGGCUGCUCUGAUUGCUGCCCAAACCAUGGCUGUGAAUAGGGGUAAAGGUCUCCUCCCUGAUCCCACAACCAUGCAGAUACUUACAGGCCUCAAUAACCCUGCCACCCUCAAGAUGCUACUCAACCCACUGUCACAGGGACACAAACAAGGCCUCCUCGGGGCAGCCCCUACAAUGCCCCUGCUGGCCAACCCCGCCCUCUCUGCUGCCCUGCUCCAGAUGCUCCUUCAGAACCAUGCCAAGGCCCAGCAGCAGGCAGGACUCAUUGGGGAGAAUCCUCUGGCUGCUCUGCCUGUCCAGCAGGGAGUCCAUCUGCUCGGAGACCUGCCCCAAGGUGGUGUAGUCCCAGGUCUUGGUCUUCAGACAGAUCCUGUAAACCCCCUAAAGCCAAUGCCACUUGGCAGAGCCCUGGCAAGGGAGCAGGAGUCCCCCACAACAGCGUGCACCUUCCCCCAGACUUCCUCUCCCACCCUGCAGGGCAUCUCCAUGCCCCUGAUGGGUGGCAUGAUGGGGGCAGAUGGCCUCACAGCACAAGGGGUGUCCAUACUAGGAGAUCCUCCCAAAGAUGUGAACCAGAGUGGCUUCCUCAAUGUCAACAAUGUUUUUCCCUCAGGAGGAAGCUGCAGACCUCAUCCCUAUAGGAAGAGACCUACACUAAGUAAUGUGUCCAACCAGCACACACACCAGAGCAUACAGCCAAAUUACCACCUGCGCUACCAGGAUUCCUACAGCCCAGAAUAUCCUCCUCUACACCAGGAUCCGCUGGCCCACUUAAAUGAACAGCAGGAGAACCUUGAUACUGGGGCCUUGGCAGGAUUUGGACAGCAGCGCUCUCGUCACCCUGACUACAGUGAGCGGUUUUCCCACUACAGUUACCCUCCCAGCCCACCCCUGUCCUACUUCAGCUCAGGGCCUGAGGCCUCCAGUAACGGUAGCCUCCCUACCACCCAGCUCAACAGGGCUGUGGGAAUGCCUCCUGUGAGCCACACCACUCACUACCCCCCAGGCCUAGGGAAUGCUGUGAAGACUCCCAUUGGUAGCCACAAGCGUGUGUUCUCCCGGCUGAUCCCAUCUCCGGAGCCAAGCCCUGAGGGCAGCUAUGUGGGCCAGCACUCCCAGGGCCUUGGUGGCCAUUAUGCAGACUCCUACCUUAAGCGAAAGCGUAUAUUCUAAAUACAGCUCAAUGCUUCUUGCCGUAUGAGUAGCCAUUCAACAGCCAGGACACACUGGCAUCUUCUCCAGUCUCCUCCAAUGAACUUUAGCUUGGUGGUCCUUGAAUUUGUCUCCUGUGUACUCGUGUGAGUGACCCAAGAGGGCGCUGGGGAGUGCAGCCUGUUGCUAUCUGGACACUUGUGUCACUCCAUGGGAAUUCUUGGUGGUUGUUUUUUCUGUGUUUUGUGUGUUUUUAUGAUUUUAGUGUGUUGUUAAAUUAAGUUUUUACUUUCUUUUUAAUUUGACUUAAUUUCCUGUUUAAAAAUGUGUAUAGUGAGAAAAAAAUGGUUAAUUAGCUAAUGAAGUCUUUCUCUUAAGCAUGUUUUUUAUUUUUUCAAUUCCUGUGAGUGUAGUGUAUCAGCAGAGCUACAGAUAGUUUGGCCAGUUUUUAGUGGCAGUCUUAGGCUGCUUUUUUAUUUUUUUUAUUUAUUUUUUUUUUUUUAUGUUUGACAUCUCACUAAAGUGAUGCUGUCCACAAUUUCAGGCAAAGGGACUUGCAUAGUAUUUUUAAAAACAAGCUUUACUUCAAAGGCUCUAUUCUUAAAUGGCCUUCCUAAUUCCAUGUAAAAAGUUAAGUAGUUUGUUUAAUGAGAUGGUGUUUUUGUGUUGUGGUGUUUCUCUUUCCCUUUCUUCCACAGGGUUGUACAUUAUUUUCUUUUUUUCUUUUUUUUCUUUUUUUUUCUGUAUGACGAUUCAGGCCUCAUCAUUGGUUAACAUGCGGCUUUCCAUCCACCAAUGACAGCUGUAUGUACCUGCCUGUAUAUUAUGAUGGUGAAGCUUUUUACCAUCCUGGCAUAUUUUCUCAAGCCUUAACUGUUCCACGUCGUUUGUCUUUUGAUCCACACCUCCAACUUGUUUACGGAGUCUGUUCUCUACACUGGUUGUUGAGUGAUGCACUUGGAGGGCACAGGUCACAAUCCUAAUCUGUUCUCACCUCUAUAAGAUGCCAUUUUCAAGUCUCCUCUCACUCAUAUGUCCAUGAGUUGAAUAUUUUCUGUGUUUUUGUGAGUUGUUUUUUGCAAAGGUAAUUUUGAAUGUCUUAAGUCCAAACACCACACCUUGAUGGGUGGGUGGGGCGGUGGACAUGUGCUCUGUGCAAUCUCUCGGGCUGCCACCAAAUGGUGAAUACAUGAACAUCAACCAUUGACUUGACUCAGUUGACUUUGCUUCUCUAGACAAAUAGCUAGCAGCUGGAAUGAUGAACACAACCGGUGUUUUCCAGUAAUGGUGGGAGUUAAGUCUGUCUGGGGAGGUACUAAUGGAAGCUAGUGCCAGGUCAGUGAUUGGUCAGUGACAUGACUGUCUUUUUAUUUUAUUUUUUUUAUUUUUUUAACAAUUAUCUGGUUGACAGUUUGAUUGUGAAAACCCAUUACCUCUGACUUCUGCUAGGAAAUGCAGCUACACUUGAGCCUUAACAGUGUUUUCUGUGAUCUCAUCCUGCCCUGUGUUGGCUUCCAUCUACAUUUACCAUUUCUGUUAUUUGCUGUGUGUGUGUAUAUAUAGUUAAGCUUGAUUUUCCUGAGUCCAAAACUCUUAUUUUCUUUUAUCAUACCUGCCUCUGGUCUGGUGUUUUGAAUGAAUUUGCUGCUGCUCAUGUUUUUGUUGUUUGCCUGUAUGUUUGAAAGCUGAUGUGUAACCUAGAGUGGCGCCACAGCAGACUGCUCAUGUUGUGUAUAGACCGAGAUGCAGCUGUAUUAUUUGACCAUCAACCAUUUUGAUCAGUAUUUGAUUCUAACUGCUAUCUUUUCAUCUGUACUGCCAUGGUUGUCUCGGUGUGAUGUGAGGAAGUAAAUGUUUAUUUAAACAAGUUGUUUGUCCAUGUUAACAAAACAACAAAAAACUCAAGAUA